AUGGCUCUUCAUAUUCAUGAAGCUUGCAUCCUUCUAUUGGUCAUCCCUGGAUUGGUCACCUCUGCUGCCAUCAGUCAUGAAGACUAUCCAGCUGAUGAAGGUGACCAGACCUCCAGUAAUGACAAUCUGAUUUUUGAUGACUAUCGAGGGAAAGGGUGUGUGGAUGACAGCGGAUUUGUAUACAAGUUGGGCGAACGAUUUUUCCCAGGGCAUUCCAACUGCCCAUGUGUCUGUGCUCUCGAUGGACCUGUUUGUGACCAGCCAGAAUGUCCUAAAAUUCACCCGAAGUGUACUAAAGUAGAACACAAUGGAUGCUGUCCUGAGUGCAAAGAAGUGAAAAACUUUUGUGAAUAUCAUGGGAAAAAUUACAAAAUCUUGGAGGAAUUUAAGCCCUCUCCAUGUGAAUGGUGUCGCUGUGAGCCCAGCAAUGAAGUUCACUGUGUUGUAGCAGACUGCGCAGUUCCUGAGUGUGUCAACCCAGUCUAUGAACCAGAACAAUGUUGUCCUGUCUGCAAAAAUGGUCCAAACUGCUUUGCAGGAACUACAAUAAUUCCGGCUGGCAUUGAAGUGAAAGUGGAUGAAUGUAACAUCUGUCACUGUCACAAUGGGGACUGGUGGAAGCCUGCUCAGUGUUCUAAACGUGAAUGCCAAGGCAAGCAGAUUGUGUAGAACAAAUUCCCAACCAGUGACAAGUUCUUAGGAGAGGAUGCUAUGGCUUCUACACGGCACAUGUUUAAAACAAAACAAAAACUCCUGCCAGCUACAACAGGGUCACCAGCAAAACCUUUAAGGGUUGAUAAAAGUGAAUAUUUUACUAAAAGGAAAUUUCUCCCUUCUCUCUUGCUAUAUAAAAUGUAUACAGUAUAUAGCUACAAAAACCGCUUUUGUAAUUAUCUUUGCUUGAUGGUGACUUGAACGACGGGAUUUCUGAAACAUAAGGAAAAGAAACAACCUCCUCCAGGCUCCUCCUCCAAUGACACCAUUGGCCUGCCAGAUCACCACCCACCAAUUUACUCCUUUUUAUUCUUCUGUACAUCUUACAUGGCAAUUUUCUCUUAUAGCGGUACUUUUUUUUUCCAUCUUUAUAGAGUCUAAGGGUGCAGAUUUGUCUGCAGAGUAAAGUCUUGAGCUAUGUCAAACAAGCUUUGGUAAAAGGAUGUCAGGGGUGAGACACAUCCAGUCUGUCACUCCCCUUCAAUGACUCAAGCCUACAACCUCAGAAGAAAGGGGUACAUAUAGAUGGGCCCACUGCAGGGAAGGGAAGGGAGCUGGUGCUCGGUGUAUUAAGUGAGGGUUCACAACUUGGUUCUUACAAACUACACACUUCAUAUGCAAAAACUUCGAAACUGCCAAUCAAAAACUAACGUGAAAAACACCAUAACAGUGACAGAAGGAAGACAGUUAUCCAAAAUUUUAGCGUUAAGUCAUCAGACUGCCUCUUGAUAUGGAAUAUGAGUUUGGCUUGUUAAUUAAACCUACUUGGUCAGCUGGCACUAUCAAUACUAGAAGCAGGGUGAGUAGUCCCACUGUGAAUCUGAAUCUUUCUGGUCUUGGAGUUCAGAUUUGGCUGCAAGCCAGGAAGUGCACACAGACAAUGUCUAUGGUUCAGAACUGUGUUUGCCCUGUUAGAAAACCGGCAACUCCAACCUAUGUCUAAAACCUAGAUUCAGGACACAAUUUCCACCUCAAGUGCUGUUUUAAAAUUCAAAAUUAGGGUAGAGUAAGUCUUGCACAACAAAAUUCCAUUUGUUGAACAUUUUUUUUAAAUGUACAUAAUAGAUACUGAACAACUAAAGUGAACCUUUGAAGAGUCUCAAGGCUGCCCUGGCAAUGCUGCUAGUAUAGUAACAGGAAAAAAUAAAAUAAAAUAAAAACACACAGGGUAUCCGGUGCCAACUCAAUUAAAGUAUAAACUUAGCAAUUCUGAAACCACAUGGCAUAGUUCGUUGCUUAAUCUACCCUCUCAUCUUGAAAACCCUGGCACAGAUCUAUAGGGUCCUUGAGGAAACUUUAAGGUUGUUUUUUGACUUAUUUUUCUUAAUUCUUUUCUGCUCCUGCUCCAAGCUGGGUCUGAUCAUAGCUCCUGUGGAGUGUCACUUUCUGGAGUAAGGUAUCUCACUUUAGCACUGAGGCUAUUUUGGGCCAGAGAGCUCAUUGUUGGUGGGAGCUGUCCUGUGCAUUUUUAGAAUAUUUGACUGCAUUCUUGGCCUCUAUCCACUCAAUGACAAUAGCAAUACCCUGGUUAUAAUAUCCAAAUGUCUCUAGAUAUUGCCAAAUGUCAUCAGUGGGAGGAGGAGGGAGCACGAGAGCCAAUGAAUAAUCAGAUAGUAUGGUUUCUUCGGGGGGAAUGCAGCAGGCAAGUUCUGGCUGAGCCUUAGCUUUGGGGAGUCUCUCUCCCUCUCCCUCUGAAUCCUUGGAGGCAUG